CAGCAUCAGCAGCAUCAGCAUCCUUGACCAACACAGAAUACUGUGAAGACGCUGAGGCAACCACUACUACCACCACUACCACAAGUACCAGCACUGCGAGGCCCACCAGCACCCCAGCUAGUACUACCACCAGUACCACCGCUGGCACUACCACCACCCCUGGCACUACCACCAUCGCUGGCACUACCACUAUCCCUAGCUCUACCACCACAGCUGGCUCUACCACCAUCCCUGGCACUACCACUAUCUCUGGCACCACCACUACUAACCACCACAUCAUACCGUCAAAAAGUACAUAGCACGAAUCUCUUAACCGGGUGCCACACUACCGUGGCACUCUCAUAUAUUGAACGAAGGGGAGGAGCAAACUACAGUAAAUCAGAGAGGAAAAACAAUGAAUAAAAAUGAACUUCAAAAGGAUUAGAUACCAAUAAAACAGAAAAUACAGAAUUCAGAAAGAAGGAUCGGGAAGAGAUUUAGAUCAAAGCAUUAGAAUCUAAUAGCCUUUCAAAACUUAAAGCAGAGAGAUUAGGAUGAUGUUUGGGUGUGAUUAGAAGAGGGGAAGGAAGAGGAGGAGGAGGAAGAGGAGGAGGAGGAAGAGGAAAGAAGAGGUAGGAAGAGGGUAGCGAGAGGUCGCUGAAGGUAUGUUAGAGGAAGCAGCAAGGAGAACAUGGUGUGUGUGGUGGGGGCCAUGACAUGGUGGUGGGGGCCAUAACAUGGUGGUGGGGGCCAUAAUAUAGUGGUGGGGGCCAUAACAUGGUGGUGGAGGCCAUAAUAUGAAAGUCCGCGGGUGGACGUGGGCCACCUCAUGGGCGGUAGUGGCCCUGUGGGCGUCCGUGACCCUCCUGGUGGCCCUGGCCUCCCUGGCAGCACUCUUCACACCCACCUGGUUCGUGAAGCACGCGCCCUCCCCACCCGUCAUGUUCGGAGUGUGGGCGUGGUGUGUGGGCGGUGUGGGCGAGCAGCGGUGUGCUGCGGUGGGUCAGGGGCUGGCUGAACAGGACGGGGCUCUGCCCUCAGCGGUGUGGGUGAUGGUGGGGGCGGUGUAUGGCGGGGGCGGCGCCCUCCUGGCGGUGACGGGCCUGGCCGCCCUCCUGACGCCCAUCCUGCCCACCACCCACGCCCGCGCCGCCCUCGCCCACGUGGCUGGCAACAUACAAGCAGCGGCAGUGUCGCUACAAGCGGUGGGUCUGGUGUUGUAUCCACUGGGUCUCGGGUCUCCCUUCGCCAGGCUACAGUGUGGCGAAGCAGCGACAGUCUAUGCCUCAGGGAGCUGUGAAUUAGGGUAUGCCUACAUGCUGGCGCUGGUAGCCACUGCCCUGGCCGCCUACUGCCCAGUGCUAGCCAGGCUAGUCACUUAUAAGGACUACACAGACUACUGGUCCAACCUUAACUAUAUGUGAUGAUCUCAGCACUGGUGCAGCAGUGAACAAGAGGGAAAAGAUAAAGAUAUGUGAGUUUCCACGGACUUUCUUGUUACAGGAACUGAGGAAGGAAAGGUCCUUGCUCCAGGAACUGAGGAAGGAAAGGUCCUUGCUCCAGGAACUGAGGAAGGAAAGGUCCUUGCUCCAGGAACUGAGGAAGGAAAGAUCCUUGUUCCAGGAACUGAGGAAGGAAAGGUACUUGUUCCAGGAACUGAGGAAGGAAAGGUUUUUGUUCCAGGAACUGAGAAAGGAAUGGUUAUUGUUCCAAAAAAGUCGAGAAACGGAGAUACUUGUUCCAUUGAGAACUGAAGUGCCGUGUUUAAGAAAUGCAGUACCUGAACUUUCUUGUUUCAUUAACGGAAGUGUCUUGUUCCAGGAACAUAAGGGACGCUAGCCACUUUCCAGGAAAGUACGUGCGCGAGCUUCUUGGUCCAGGACACCAAGGGGAGGGGGACAAAAGUAACGUGUUCCAAACAAUUAAAAGUAACUCAGUCUUUUAACAAUUCGGAAAAAAAAACAAGAGAGUGGUGGUGCUACUUCCAGACAUAGAAAACGGGACUGGGUAUUCCAGGAGUACUGGAAAGCAAGACUGACAAGACUGACUCGCCUUCCAGAGAGGGUACUGAGUGUAGAGUGUACAAGCUAUGUGUACUACACACUGACAAGACUAUGAAUUAUGGAAACGUAUAUUGUACUUUCUUGAAAUACAAGAAUGAGCUUAGUGUGUUUCAGAAAUAUAAGAAUGAGCUUAGUGUGUUACAGAAAUAUAAGAAUGAGUUAGUGUGUUACAGAAAUACAAGAAUGAGCUUAGUGUGUUACAGAAAUAUAAGAAUGAGCUUAGUGUGUUACAGAAAUACAAGAAUGAGCUUAAUGUGUUACAGAAAUACAAGAAUGAGCUUAGCGUGUUACAGAAAUAUAAGAAUGAGCUUCAGGUGCUCCGGAAAUACAGAGAAAAGAACACGUGAUGGACCAUGAACAUUGUAUAGGUACAAUAAUGAGCUUCUUAUAUUCCAGGGAUGUACAACUUGUCUUUUUUUAUAUAUAAAUUAAAUAUUUCAAGUGCACAUUACGUGUGUAUGUGUGUGUGUGAGUGUGUGUGUGUGUCUGUGUGUGUCUGUGUGUAUGUGUGUGUAUGUGUGUGUGAGUGUGUGCAUGUGUGUGUGUAUGUGUGUGUAUGUGUGUGUGAGUGUGUUUUCUCGGCAAGUAAUGUACGUGAAGAAAGUAACGUACGAAAGGGGAGGUAACGAAGGGAGGUAACAAUGCCAGUGACAAGUCUUGCUCUUGUAAGGCUUUUAAAAGACUUAAAAGGCUGAAAUUCCUCAGUACAGAGGGAGAGAAGGAGGGAGGGAGAGAGGGAGGGAGGGAGAGAGGGAGACAGAGAGAGACAGAGGGAGAGAGAGAGAGAGAGAGAGAGAGAGAGAGAGAGAGAGAGAGAGAGAGAGAGAGAGAGAGAGAGAGAGAGAGAGAGAGAGAGAGAGAGAGAGAGAGAGAGAGAGAGAGUUAUACUAGUCUAAACGGCUACUAGUCAAUGUAAAUAACUUCUAGAUUUAAGAUUGAAUUUUCUAAGUCAUUUUCGUACAAGCAGAAGUUAUACUCAACACACAAGUUAAACAAACGGAGGAAUGGACAAGGAUUCGAACCCUGGUGCUGGCAGGUGGCAGGUGAAAGUUAGUUAGGUGUUCAGUGAUUGGUCAGUUAGGUCAUGACAGGUACAGCUGACGUCACACCGAAGGUACUGAGGGUAAGUCCACCAAUCAGGAGCCAGCGUUGAAAAUAUCAUCCAAUUAAAACGCAGCUUUGUACGUGUCAGCCAGUUAUGUUAGGUGUGUGUGUGUGUGUGUGUGUGUGUGUGUGUGUGUGUGUGUGUGUGUGUGUGUGUGUAUGUAUGUAUGUAUAUGUGUGUGUGUGUAUGUAUGUGUGUGUGUGUGUGUGUGUGUGUGUUUGUGUAUGUAUGUAUGUAUGUAUGUGUGUGUGUGUGUGUGUGUAUGUAUGUAUGUAUGUAUGUAUGUGUGUGUGAGUGUGUGUAUGUAUGUGUGUGUAUGUGUGUGUGUGUGUGUAUG